GCGACAGAGCAAGACUCCAUCUCAAAAAAAAAAAAAAAGUGCACGAGCACACAUUUCAUCAGUUGUCAGUGUGAUGUGACAUGUUCACAUGUCUUGUAGCCUCUGGAAAACUCCACUGCACACUCAGAGAACAAGAAUGAAAACAUCAGAAAGCAUUAGUAUUAUUUGGAAGAAGUUUGACACACUUGUGAGGGCCACUUCAGCUCCCCGCCCCAGCCCCAGGCCCUACUUUGAGAGCUGCUGGUCUAGCUGGAUCCCCCUCCUCGUGACAGUUUUUCCUCGCUCCCGAAGUCUGGUCUGCCUGUUUCCCACCUUUCUCCCUCACUGCCCACCCAACCCCAUACAGGAUCCGCUCCAGCCCGCUGCUCGUCCUCCUCCUGGUCCUGGCUGUGGGCUUCUGGCUGGUCCAACUGCUUCGCUCAGUCUGCAACCUCUUCAGCUACUGGGACAUCCAGGUGUUUUACAGGGAGGCCCUGCACAUCCCCCCGGUGAGCUGGGUGGCUGUGUCUGUGCGGAGGGUGCCAUGAGAGGGUGGACAGAGGAGAGGGGAAGAAGUGGGACUGUACAGAUAGAAGGGCCAACUGGAAAGAGGGCAGAAAGAAUGACGCCUUAUUGACACCUGCUCUAAGCCCAGAAUAAUGUCAGGAGGGGGCUACCACCACUUAGAGAGCAUGGCCCUUACCCUAAGGGAGUUUAGUUUAUUUAGAUGGCUCAUAUAAGAUGACAUAUAGUUACAUGUUUGUGCUAAAAACAUUGCUUAGAGAAGGGACGGUCAUCUGACUUUUCAGAGCUGGAGACAUUUGGGUUGGGCUUGGAAGGGCAGGACAGGAGGGGAGGGGAGCACAUUCCAAGCCCCAGUGCAGGAAGGUGGGGAAAAGCCAUGAGCUUUUGGAGGCUGCAGCAGGGAGAUGGACCCCACCAGCCUAAAACAGAGCCAUCAAAGCCAUCCCCCCACCAUUGCAGGAAAACACUGCAUUGGCCUGUCACUGUCCUCUGCUUAUGAUCUGCCCUUUGUUUCCUCGCUAUCUUGAGUCUGCUCCUCCCUCCUCUGUAUCUAAGUUCUUUCUUUGAGGCACAGCUCGAAGGUAGCCUUCUGCAGCUUGCUUCCCUUGCUCCCCUGGGAGGUCCGGAGCCCUCUGCACAGCCUUUAUAUGUGCAGCAAGGGGAGAGGUCUUAGAAGGCCCCUGAGCUGGGGGGAGGGAGGAGGCCAGGGAAGUAGAGGUGGUGAGAGCGGAAGCUGGACCUCAGAUCGGCUCUGGCAGGAGACUGCUCACCCGUCUCGUUCUCCUCUUCCCUUCUUUCCCCUCCUCCCCUGUUCCUUCCAGGGGAAGGGAAGGGAAGACACUGGGAUGGACUGGAGAGGCCAGCCUGGGGGACUUGACUAACCUGGACUGGGAAAGCUGAGUGAAACUGGGCUGAAGUGAGGUUUGCAGCCUCCAAAUGAGAUCGGACAGUGCCCCACUGCCAGACAUGGACAUAGCCCAGGAGGAGCUGAGCUCGGUUCCCUGGGCAGAGGUGCAGUCCCGCCUCUUGGCGCUGCAGCAGAGCGGGGGCCUGUGCGUGCAGCCGCGGCCCCUGACGGAGCUGGACGUCCACCACCGCAUCCUGCGCUACACCAACUACCAGGUGGCGCUGGCCAACAAGGGCCUGCUGCCGGCCCGCUGCCCGCUACCCUGGGGAGGCAGUGCCGCUUUCCUCAGCCGCGGCCUGGCGCUCAAUGUCGACCUGCUGCUCUUCCGCGGUCCCUUCUCGCUCUUCCGCGGGGGCUGGGAGCUGCCGCACGCCUACAAGCGCAGCGACCAGCGGGGCGCCCUGGCAGCGCGCUGGGGGCGCACAGUGCUGCUGCUGGCCGCCCUGAACCUGGCGUUGAGCCCACUGGUGCUGGCCUGGCAGGUGCUGCACGCCUUCUAUAGCCACGUGGAGCUGCUGCGGCGCGAGCCCGGCGCGCUUGGGGCGCGCGGCUGGUCCCGCCUGGCGCGCUUGCAGCUGCGCCACUUCAACGAGCUGCCGCACGAGCUGCUCGCGCGCCUGGCGCGCGCCUACCGCCCCGCCACCGCCUUCUUGCGCACCGCUGCGCCCCCCGCGCCCCUGCGCGCGCUGCUGGCCCGCCAGAUCGUUUUCUUCGCGGGCGCACUCUUCGCCGCGCUGCUUGUGCUCACCGUCUACGACGAGGACGUGCUGGCAGUGGAGCACGUGCUCACCGCCAUGACCGCGCUCGGGGUCACCGCCACCGUGGCCAGGUCUUUCAUUCCCGAAGAGCAGUGCCAGGGUCGUGCGCCGCAGCUUCUGCAGACCGCCCUGGCCCACAUGCACUACCUCCCGGAGGAGCCUGGCCCCGGUGGCAGGGACCGCGCGUACCGGCAGAUGGCGCAGCUGCUGCAGUACCGAGCGGUCUCCCUCUUGGAGGAGCUCCUGUCCCCGCUCCUCACCCCGCUGUUUCUGCUUUUCUGGUUCCGCCCUCGUGCCCUGGAGAUUAUCGACUUUUUUCAUCACUUCACUGUGGAUGUGGCUGGGGUUGGGGACAUCUGUUCCUUUGCCCUUAUGGAUGUGAAGCGCCACGGCCACCCUCAGUGGCUCUCGGCGGGACAGACUGAGGCCUCGCUGUCUCAGCGUGCGGAGGAUGGCAAGACUGAGCUUUCUUUGAUGCGGUUCUCCCUGGCGCAUCCGCUCUGGCGCCCCCCAGGGCACAGCUCUAAGUUUCUUGGGCACCUCUGGGGCCGAGUACAACAAGAUGCAGCUGCCUGGGGCGCCACCUCGGCUCGCAGCCCCCCCACCCCGGGGGUGCUCAGCAAUUGCACCUCGCCCCUGCCUGAGGCCUUCCUGGCCAACCUCUUCGUGCACCCUCUCCUGCCUCCGAGGGAUCUGAGCCCGACAGCCCCCUGUCCAGCUGCAGCCACAGCCAGCCUCCUCGCCUCCAUUUCCCGAAUUGCCCAGGACCCCAGCUCUGUGUCCCCAGGAGGCACUGGGGGCCAGAAGCUGGCCCAGCUCCCAGAACUUGCUUCUGCCGAGAUGAGUCUCCAUGCCAUCUACCUGCACCAGCUUCACCAGCAGCAGCAGCAGGAGCCGUGGGGCGAGGCUGCAGCCUCCGUCCUGUCCAGGCCCUACUCCAGCCCCUCACAGCCACCCUCGCCUGAUGACGAGAAGCCAUCCUGGUCAAGUGAUGGCUCCAGUCCUGCCUCCAGCCCCAGACAACAGUGGGGAACCCAGAGGGCCCGGAAUCUGUUCCCUGGAGGGUUUCAGGCGACAACAGACACCCAGAAGGAGCCUGAUGAGGCCUCUUGCACUGACUGAGACGACUCCUCAGGGUCAGUAUUGCCCUGUGAGGGGAGGGAAAAACAACUGCAUAGGUAGUUGGUUCGGAGUCAGACUUGAAGCAGUGGGAGCGAUGGUGGGAAUUUGGGGUGAUGUGGGGUGGUCAUCUCUGGAACCUAGACCCCUGCACUGCUUGCCAAGAGCCAUCUCCUCCCACAGGUACCCUGGCUUCCGCAGCCACAGGAGAUUGGAGGGUGGAGUGGAAGAACACAAGGAGCCAUUGCUAGAGGCCCCAUAGAUGACAGGCCCAGGUGCUUUAGUUGGGCAGCACCUGGGAGUCAGUGAGGAACUCGCCCUGAGAACAGAGAAAAGGUAGGAGAGGAGAUGCUGAUGGCAUCUGGAAACAAGUCUUAGAGAUGGUCCCCACCCGGAAGGGAUAAGGGGAGACACCCCCAACUGCAGUGUGUCCUGGAGCAGUUGCCUGGGAAGAAGUCCUCGAGUUUCCUCAAGGUAGGGGACAGAGGUCAAGAAUGAGGCCAAGCUACAUGGAAGGGUGACAGUGAGGCAGGGGCGCUUUAAGGCUGUGGAUUCGUCACACUGGCGGCUGCCAGCGCACUUUCAGUUCCCUGGGGCUUGCAGGGGAUGGGGACUUGUGAGUGGAAAGACGAGAGGGCUGAUGUUUUUGGACUUCAGCACGGGUGUGAUGUCUGAGGAAGUGGGUGUGGCUUCCCAUCCUGUAUGAAAUAAGCAGUAAAGCUUGCUCACGGCUGUUGCA